AUGAAAAGUCUUUCUAAAAUGGAAGAAAUGUCUCCUGCCUAAUAAACAACUAAAACUCCGACAAGGUCAUUCACAAAGCCAAGGAAAUAUGAUAAACUAAUUCAUAAGACCACUCAAAUUCCACGAAUCUCAAUUUAACGACUUGUCGAGUGUAUGGAUUAAGACAAUGAUGGAUGGAUCAAGAAAGAAGACAUAAUGAAAUUCAGUCAGAAGCAUUAUCUAUUCUUUGAAGAUGAAUUAGCAUAAGCAAUGAUUGACGAAGCAUUGAGUAAAAGAAUUGUUGCGUUUAAGGAUUAGCUCAAAGAGCCAAUAAAUGUGGAAGAAAUAUUAGGAGCAGGUAAUAAGUCAUAAAUAAUGUCAGUUUAAAUUCAUUAUGUAUUGAAUGAGAAUCAUGUUUGGGUUGAGAAGCCUCGUCCUUUUAGAGAUAAAUGGGUGUAGUUAUUAUUGGCAGCAGGAGAAAGAUUACCAACUGGUCAUGAUUUACCUCCUGUGAAAAUCACAAAGGUGCUAGACAUGCAUGAGAUGAACCCUUUUCCAUACAAACCAAAGUUGAAUUGUUCCCAAUCUUAAAUCAUUCAUACUUCUCAAUUACGGGAGAUUCACAAAUUUAAUAAGGAUAAACCUGAGGCUGGAAUAGUUUUAUAGGAGACAGAUCUAAUCAAACCAAUAAACAAUGGAGUAAUAAAGGAGGAAGAGAAGGACAAUCCUUUUGAAAAAGUAAACAGUCAGAUAAAUGAUUAAAAUGAAUUUCCAACUAUCAAAUUCGACACAUAAGCAUACUUUAAUGAAGCAGAGAGACUAAGUAAAGAGUAAAAAUUGUGCAGAACUGGUAGAAAUCCAAUUCUAAAAUUUAUGCCUGAAAACCUAAAUUACAAAGUAGAGAACACUGAUUCGUUAAGAAAAAGUAGCGAAUUCGAGUUAAGCCAAAGUACUGCUGCAAAAUACCUCUCUCAACCGGUUUUAUUAAGGAAACCGUAUUAUGGGUUGUCAGAUACAGCUUUAAUUAGUACUGAGUAGAAGUACUUCUAGCCUAAAAAGUCAAUGGAUAAAAAUUAAGAAUCAGAUAAAUAGAUUUUUUAUUCCACUUUUAAACCUGAAGAUGUCAUGACAUUAAAGAAUAAAUUAGCCAAUUAAAAACAAAGAGAAAAAGAAAAAUUAUAGGACUUUUAUAAUCCUCCUUCCACUCACAAGUUUAGAGACGAAUAUUUAGAUAAGAAUAAACCUCUAUUUAAGACAAGAAUUAAACCUGAUUCCUUACCAAAUCCUCAUCUAAUGUCAGAACAUGAUCAAAGACCUUAAUUUGCAAUUGAAGAGGAUCUAAAGAGACAAUUAAAGGAAGAGUAGAAGCAAUAAUAAUUAAUCGAUGAUUAUAUGGGCACAUUCAAGUAGAGUAAAUAAUGGACCAAAUAUUUCCCGGCUACAGAUUUAAAUCAUAAUUUUGUUGAUCACAAACGACCUAAUUUCUUAGACAAAGGUAAUUAUUAAGAGCCAGGAUUAAUAUUGCUUCAGUUUUUAAGAGAAGGAGCAAGUGCUAAAGACAACUUUUAAUUAUUUCAUAGAUUGUUGCGUACUAACGAUAAGAAUCUAUUUUUAGGAUUGUAGGUAGAUCCCAAUUGAUUAUUUAUCAUAAUAUAGAAUAAAUUCCUUAAUAUUUUUUA